UGGGGUCAAACGGGAGAUAGAGGAUACAGAUGUCAAGAAGGGGAAGGAGACGACGUUGAAGAGGUUGUUGAUGAGCAAAGAGCGGGUCACGGUCGAUGGGUUGUUGCUACGGAAUGGUGUAGAACGCCCUGUACGAUCUGGCCAACACGUUAUUAAUGACGACGAACUUGCCCAAUCCGUAUAACGGCUUGACCACCAGAUCGUCUUCGUCAACAUCGACCUCGUCCAACCCGAUCCCGGAACCGACGACCCUGUCGGCCCGACUACUGGGCUCAAAGGUUAAACAAGAGAAAGAAUUACCCGUCUACGAACACCUUCAAGCGGUCAAGGACGUCGUACUCGGUCUCAUCUCGUCAAUGACCGCAUCACCCGAGGGGGAAGACGUACUGCCGACGCCCAAACCGAAAUACCGAUGGGCUUUGCAUCAGAGGACGACGGUGCCAUGGCCUAUGCCUCCUAGGCCGGCGGCUCGGGGGGAGAAACAACCAACUCCGGUGAUUCCGACGGAUAGGGUGCAUUUGGAUUGGUUCACCAGCGUAGCGGCAUCGGAGAAUGGCAAGAUGGAACAGCUAGAUGCAAAGGUUGUCGAAUCGCUCAAGGAGCAAGGUGGGGAGGAGGAGGAAGAUCUAGGGGGUUUGACUAGGCUGCAGACGGAAGGGUAUCUCGCUCUUGGGAGACCGACCGUCGUCGGACCACCUGAUAGGCAUGACGAGGAAGCACAACGAGCUCGAGGCCCUAAGCUCGGCAAGACGUUGUAUGCCGAUGCUAGCAAGAAACUUCAGCGAUACAAGGACAAGCGGCGUGGGAAGCUGCCUGUAGGCAAACCAGUCGGCUUCCUGACGCACUAUCACUCGUUCAUCCCGUCCUUUGCGCCGACAUACGAUUCUACCAUGGUCAGCGGCGGGUGGAAUUAUGACGAUACGGUCGACGCCGCUCGAGCGGCCGCUAUCAACCGGGAAUGGAUCGAGUCCGGUUGGAACAGCAAUUACGCUUCGACCAGUGCCAUCAAAUCGGUCGAGCCGAUCAAUGACGACGUUGAGGCUCACGAGAGGGCGCUCAGGGCGGCCAAGGUGUUGAUGGGUGACGAUAUCCCCGAUAGCGCUAUCGACCCGGAACUACUUGGUGCAAUCGAGCAGGACCAGUCUGGAUCGCAAACGGCCAAGAACAAGCUAAGGGAGAAUGCCGAGCUGUUAUUAACCCUGGCGCAGCGGCAAGAAGUGCGACUUCGUCGGGAUGAGCGCGAGGUCAACGACCCGGAAGAGCACGCUCUGGCUUCCCGCGUAUCCGCCAAUCUGCUCGAACUGGCAUCAAGUGUCCGCCCACGGUCGAUCUUGCCUCGACGACGACACCCGCACCUACCACUCGCAGCCGAUCUUGCGCAUACCGCCGUCUCGACUCCUGGAGCCAUCUACCGAGGAACGCUUGACCCCGCUCGACCCAAAGCCAUGGCCGAAAACUACGUGGUCCACACUCGUGACGAGCCGGUUGGCACAAAACGCCGUGAACCGCCAGCGACUCCUGCCGUUACGCCUAAUCGAUCCAUCUUGCCCAACGCUGCUGUAGGUCGGGCUCCGCAACAGCCGAUGAUGACGCCCACCCCACCCGUGCGGCAUACAUCAAGUUUCAACGGAGCCAUUCCACCAUACCGCGGAGGUGUGCCGACAUAGUCGAGCGAGUCAUGUCAUACUGCGCCCAUGUCCUUGUCUAUACCUAGAUACAAGCAUAAUAAUUCGAUCGCAACCGGCUACAAUAUUUCGGUCCAAGUCGUGACACAGUUCGUUCGUUUCAUGCAGAUGCAGACAUCAAUGCAUCAGCGUGUCUUUGCCGUCUAGCGGCGAGGUCGUUAGGGGUGAUAGUCGUCUUGAGACUGUUUUGAA